GCCUCAAGCCGAGCGGCUGACACCAGCACCAGCACCACCAGCGGCACGACGACUGGCGACGUGAGAUACAGAGGCUGCAUUGAUCAAGCAAGCCCUGAGAGAGACAGAGACAGUGCGUGCACCAUCGCCCGCCCCUCCCGCGCUUCUGUGCCGCCAAAGUGCGGGCGCGUGCCUCCUGUGAAGGGAUGGCUAGCAGGCGUCGGCCGGCAGUUGACAAAGGAUGAUGUGUGCUGCCUGCUCGGCCUCCUCCCGCGCUCCGUCACUUCUUAAAGGGGCCUCAGCCCGCGUGCAGCGUGUUCUGGCAGCAGACGGCGGCCAGUUGUCCAGCGGGAGUACCACGACUCGACCCACACAGCAGGGGUGAGUGCUGCUCCAUCACCCGCCUCCCUCCACCGCAAACAUACCCGAGGACAAAAGUGGUUCACUGGAACAAGUGCUGCGCCAUGUGCUGUGACGUGGUGUGGGCUGUGAGGAACUGGCGGCUACAGUAGAGCUGUGGAGCUGUGGAGCCGACGGCGCCGUGUACCCGGUGUGCGCAUGUCCCGUACAGCCCUGGCGGCGACAAGUCCAUGGCCGGCGACAACAAGAUGAGCGGCGAGCGAGUCCCUACACUAGGUGUCGCCACUUCUGGAGUUACCUGCAAUCACCGUGCGCCGAGCGUGCUGCGGAUUACCUGUUAACAUGUUCGCUCACCUGCUCCGCGCCUACAAGCCUCGCUUUGGAUGGCUCUGUCUACUGCACCUUCGCGUGUUGCUCGUGCUGUACGCUGUACAAGUGUUGCUGUGUCUAGAAGACCGAGCGACAGACCUGGAGGUGGAGGAAGGGUCCAGAGUCCGACUUCUGUGCAAGACGUCAUCAGACCUGCUAGACAGCAGCCACCUGCAGGUGCGCUGGUACCACAACGGACGGGAACUGAACAUGAACGUCACGCACAGCAACAGCAUCAUCAACAACAUCAACAACAACAAAUACUCGCAAAAGGCGGACAAAAACCGCUUCACUCUCGUCAUCCGUAACGCCCAGCUGGAAGACGCUGGCCUCUACACCUGUGAGGGUUACUAUGCCAACGGUUCUGUGCUGCGGACAACCACUUCCCUUGCUGUCAAAGGUAGGCCAGGGCCUCCGACGUCUGUGGAAGUGCGAAGUUGCCAUGGAAACCGAGCAGAACUGGCGUGGCGGGCAGCCCCUGCUAACGGGGCCAAGAUCAGGGAGUACUCGCUGGAGUUCAACACCAGUGACGCGCCGGACGUGUGGUACCCGUACUACGAGCGCAUACCCGGCGACCGUCACGAGUUCUUCGUGGACCUGGCGCCCUACGGCACCUACACCUUCCGCCUGCUGGCCCGCAACGACAUCGGCGACAGCCAGCCCAGUGACGUCACGCGGCGCAGCUGCACCACGCCGCCCGACAAGCCGGACCGCAACCCCAAGCAGGUGGUGACGCGCACACACAAGAAGGGCUACCUGGUCAUCGAGUGGACGCCCAUGCAGAGACUCAACUUUCACGGCCCCGGGUUUCGCUACCACGUGUACUGGCGGCGGAAGGGCAGCCUGGUGUGGGAGUCGGCCCUCGUCACCGAAGCCACCAAAGGUCACUUUGAGCAAGAGGUCAAUGACGUGUACCAGUGCUACGAGAUACAGGUCAAGGCCGAGAACGAGCUGGGCGAGUCCCACCAGCCGGCCUUCAUCAUCCUCGGCCGCUCUGGCGAGGCGGAACCGUUGGUGGCGCCCAAAGACUUUCGUCGCGAUCCUUCCAAGCCCUUGGAGCCGCACAAAGCUCACUUUAUCUGGGAGGCCGUGGAGGUGACAGACAAGAUACAAGGAGAGUUCAGAGGGUACAGGCUGCAGUACUGGAAGUCCAGCGAGGGCCGGCACAAGAUGCAGGAGGUUGAUGUCACAGUCACCCCCGACACUGUGGAGCGCCACCCAGUGGUGAGGGCCACUCUGGCCGGCCUACCCGCCAACACAGCCCUGCGAGCCCAGGUGGCGGUGAGGAACACGCACUACACCGGGCCGCCCAGCCAGACCAUCGACUUCUUCACACCGGAAGGAACGCCCAGCGCCGUGCUGAGUCUGGCGACGGUGGAGGUGGAGGAGGACUACGUGCUGCUGCAGUGGGAGCCGCCGGUGGAACCCAACGGCCGCCUGACAGGCUUUGACAUCGGGUACCAGCCAGUGGAGGGCACCCAGCUCGGCCCAGUAAGGGACCUCAAGCCCAAAAUAGAUGACCCUGAGACCUUGCAAGCCAAGAUCACUGGUCUGGAACCGGCCAAUAAUUACCGCUUUGUGGUGUGGGCUCGAACCAGUUCCGGGCGGGGCAAGAUGGCGUAUGUGGACGUGCAGACUAAACGAGGAACAAGAGGCAGCAGCCACUACAGGUCGAGGAACGGGGUGGCGCCACUGUUGGGCCGACGAAGCGCCAGUCACGUGACGUGGGUGUUGGUGCUGUCGCUGGUGACGUUGGUGGUCAGUCGGACAGACUCUGUGCACCGCGUCCUCCACUAGCAGUCGUCCGGUGUACAUCUGUCGUCUGCUCCACUCACGGCGCUGCCAGGACCCUUUGCUCCCCCUACCCCACUCCCCACCCCAAACCUCCAUCACCUGCUCAGAGAGGGUGGAUAUCUACCCUCCCUGACCUGCCACGAAGAACAAAACACAGUCAGAACAAAACAAUCUGCUGUUUCGUGCUCUAUGGUUGUGAUUGCUGAAGGCCCAGGGAGGCGGCUGGAGAAGCUUGUCUGCGCAUGCGUGUUGUCUGUCGUCUGCUGGUUGACGUGGCAUUGCUGUUGUCCUCGCUGUCCUCAGCGACUGUCGGACUCCAAGGCGACAAAACUUUUGUGGAAUCGGAGAGUUGGGAUCCGAGGGCUGCUCAGGCUGAGACUGCACGGACUGUGCACGGUGACUCAUGGCAUCAUCAUCAUUCAAGUCUGCAACCACAUCCCCGGGGUCUGGUGGCACUGGAAUGUUUACCGCUCUCUUAAAACAUACCGGGAACUGAAUCCGCAUUGUAGACAGAACUUACUCAAUAAGGCAGCAGUUCAUUGAUUGAGGAGGAAACCAGGGAGGAGAGGUAGCCACUAGUGGGUCGGGCCAGCCAGCAAUUGGGAAAUCGAGCUUUGGGAACCGAACCGCUGAUAUCUUCUCCAAGACAAUCACAAGCAGUUGGUUUAUUUUUAGAUAUUUGUUACAGAAAAGAGUCCGACUACACUACAUUACAGAGACAGUGGCAACAUGGCAUUCUCUAUUUCAGGGCGCAUCCACAUAUCGACUCAACCCUGCUGCAGGAGACGAUAGUGAAUAUAAGUCUGUAGGAGACGACAUGUGACAUAGUCUGUAGGAGACGACAUGUGACAUAGUCUGUAGGAGACGACAUGUGACAUAGUAUGUAGGAGACGACAUGUGACAUAGUCUGUAGGAGACUGUUUAGGAUAAUGCAGGAUGUACACUGAUAUUUGAGUGAAGCUGGCCGCGUAGGGAUACAUACAUGUGUAGGAGGGCGAAGUGCGUACGUUGACCUCGGGGCUGUAGCUGAAGGUUGAGACGAAGCAGAACUGUCAACUUGAACAGACUUUGGGUUGAACGAACACCGACAGAGGGGCAUCCUCCACCUUCCUGCUACUUACAAAAUGGAUGCCACGUCUGCUGCUGAGCAAUAGGUCACAGCGUCGCAGUCACAUUGUCGCAGUGUCACAGUCACAUUGUCACAGCGUCGCAGUCACAUUGUCGCAGUGUCACAGUGUCACAGUGUCGCAGUCACAGUGUCGCAGCGUCGCAGUGUCACAGUGUCAAAGUGUCGCAGUGCCACAGUGUCGCAGUCCAUACCAUCAGUCCAUAGUCCACAGUCCAUACCAUCAACCUCUCCCCCCUCCCCAACCCUCCUUCUCUCCCUCACGUGACGCAGUGCCAAGACUGAGAUGGACAGUGCCGGUGCUGGUGUCAUGGCCACAAGAACUGCAUCCUCUCCCUGGGCCAGCAGCUGCUAAUGUUGUGACUUACAUGACCUUUGCUCUAUGCUUGUCCACUUACAACUUGUAGAAAUCGGUGAACACUACUCAGUGCUGUGACCUUUUCCUUCUGCUUCUCGCAAUGAGGACAUCAGCAAGUCCCACUUCACGUAUUCGCCAUCUCGCACGGAGAAAUCGUCGUCGUAGUCUUUGUACCAGUCUCAUUUACUAAUUGUUUAAAUUGUCUUGGUGAGUUGCUUGAUCGGUGAUUGAGACUGCAAGGUGCAUCCUCCACAUUGUUAGCAUCCACACACACACACCUCGCGACACAGCUGGGAUGUCUGGGACAGGUCUUGACAAUGUUGUUUGAAGUCUCGUGAGUGUUAGUGAUGCUUGUCUGCAGUGUGCUCACCUCACCACUCACCAACACCCGAGCUCGGUCUGUGUGUGUGUCUGUGUGUCUGUGUGUCUGUGUACACCACACACACACACUGAGCUACGUGUUCCCAUUGUUUCGCCAUUCGCUCUCUGUGUUUAGUUCCACUCAAACAUUUGUACUUAGUGGUCACGUGAGGCUGCCUGUUGCUGGGUUAGGUGAGACUGCCUGUUGCGGGGUCACGUGAGACUGCAUGUUGCGGGGUCAGGUAAGACUGCAUGUUGCGGGGUC